GUGUGAAAUACCCACUCUCCUAUAGAUUCAGAAUUCACAGAUAACCACGUCGCUCGAAAGCUGUGACGGCAUCCUCCAACUUGCAAAGCCGCACAACAAGCACAGCUACGGCAGACUCAACGCAUUUGAACAUGGUACAGCACAAGUGCUUGUCAGGAAUGACAGUCUAGUCUAGGCUAAGGUACCAAAGUUUUACCGGCACUCGAUUCUGAGCCGUUCCAGUGAAGUACUCUGCUGAUACGGAACUGCCUCGAGUGGACCCCCUCAGACUCGAUGAGCUUUCUUCAUUUCUAGCUUAACGGAGGGUAGGUGAUGUCCCUAGAGCUAGUGACUGAACAUAGAGCGUAAACUCGGCAUAGAUGGCAAUCCAAUGCCACCUAGGCCUAUGUACCUGGCCAAGCCAGCGCCACCUAGCACCCACACCCAAGUACUGGUAGUCCCGGGGGGAAUGCUCACUCGAGCCCAGGCCUUUCAAUCGCGACCUUCGACUGCACCCUGCAACUACUCUCCGUACUUCAAGCUCCACUCUUGUGCUUUUCUCUCUCCUGCACUGCGUCCUGCGCCAUCAAUAGCAGCUCGCACCCGCUUCCUCCCCUGUGCUGCUUCCCACCCAUCCUCCCGUACAGUCAUUCCUCCCAUCCCUACCAACAACCUCCAACAUUCUCCUAUGCCCGACUGCCGCUCCCCGCACCCUCGAAGGAUUAUUCAAUUUGAUCCUGCUUACUUGGGAGCCGGCCCUGGCAACAAUCACAAUGUUUUGCGGUAGUCCAUUGUGCGUGACUAGCAUAGUCUGGUUCCAUUUAAUUCCCCCUUUCCAGGCUAGCUCACCAGGUUGAAUUUUGAUCCUCUAGUAGGUACAAAAAUACCGUGUGGGAUACCAUGAUCCCGUUCUUAUCGACUGAUUCGGACAGUAUGAUAAUGUGGAUGCAGAUUCCAUACAUCGUAUGAUUCAUAUCCCACGGAAACGAGAAUGCCUUCAACAUCAUUCUGGGUCUUCGCCUUGUAAAGGCCUUUUUUGAAGAACCACAAUCGAUACGACCGCCGUAUCGGCAUCAAUACCAACUACGUACUACGCAAUUGUCGUCGCUAACGAAUCGAAUAGCAUGCUUCAGCUUCAUCUAG